CAGGAGUGAUAAUCAAAGAUAAAGAUGAGCUAAGUAAUGGUAAUCACAUGAAAAAUGAUGUAACAGGGGAAGUAGUGACCCAACCUUAAAGAUUUAACCUGCCCUGCCUCCUGAAAUUCCUGACAUAACCUAUAAGUACUGAGUAACCCGGAGCUGCAUCAGGACACCUUGUGGAAGUGUCACUGUGUCAUUUGUUGUCAAAAGGCAUCUUGACAACAGAAAGUCUAAUUUGCCAUCCUGACAAUACAACCUUAGACAUAUCACAGGAUCCUCACCUCUAUCACUGAAAUUAUGACUGACUUCAGUACCGUGCGUCCUUGGUGGAUUAUUAACCAAAGUGAAGAAAUCUUUAUAGUCUGCUGAAUGCAUCAGAGAGGACCAUCACUAUGCACACUGCAAUCACUAUCAGUAGGAAAGACUCUAGUAACGGACUGGCAAAGCGGGAAACAACAGACAACUAAAACCUUGAGAUCUUUGGAUUUUCCUAUUCUUUGCUGAGGGUUUGAAGAGAAACAUUUAAUAUAAAUGCAGCUGAUUUUAAUAUGUCUGACAGUUGACAGAUUAUAAAAAGUGCUGAGAAGCUUUUUUGUUUUUGCAGUUUUUAAGGGUGUAAUUUUUGCUUUUGAUACUGGUUUAGAACAAUUUCAGAAUAAUUUAAAUGGAAGAACAUUAAUCAUUUGCAAGAUUGCAUAAUAGAGAAAUCCUGCUGAUUCUAAGCAUUCUUAACUACAGCUCAAGGAAGUUCCCGCUGCUGAACUAACAAUGGUUGGUACAGGUGGUCCAGUGGCCACUUUCUCUGUGUGGGAUUAUGUGGUGUUUGCAGGAACAAUUUUGGGGGCAGCUGGUAUUGGUCUCUUCCAAGCCAUUCGAGGCCGUAAGGAGACCAGCAGUGAUGAGUUUUUGUUGGGUGGACGGCAAAUGACAGCUGUGCCGGUCGCAAUGUCACUCACUGCCAGCUUCAUGUCUGGAAUCACAGUCAUCGGCACACCUGCCGAGGCAUACCGGUUUGGAGCUGCCUUCUGGCUCUUUGGCUUCGCAUAUGCCAUCAUGUCUGCUGUCACUGCUGAGAUCUUUGUCCCACUUUUCUACCGACUGGGGAUCACCAGUGCCUAUGAGUACCUGGAGAUGCGCUUCAGCCGGCCCAUUCGUAUAAUUGGGACAUCAAUGUACAUCGCACAGACGGCGCUGUACACUGGUUUGGUUAUCUAUGCUCCAGCUCUUGCACUAAAUCAAAUUACUGGACUUAAUCUGUGGGGAGUGCUAGUGGCCACAGGAGCGGUGUGCAUCCUCUACUGCACUUUGGGUGGUCUGAAAGCAGUUAUCUGGACAGAUGUGCUUCAGAUGGUGAUCAUGCUGGCAGGUUUUGUGGCUGUUAUAGCUAGAGGAGCUGUACUGCAAGGAGGCCUGACAAAGAUUUGGGAAGAUGCUGGUCAAGGAGGCCGAUUAGAGGCGUUUGAUUUUGACCCAGAUCCUCUGAAGAGACAUACUUUCUGGACCAUUACAAUCGGUGGUAGCAUAAUGUGGGUGUCUAUCUACUCAAUCAACCAAUCCCAGGUGCAGCGCUACAUCUCCUGUAAAACCUUGGGACAUGCCAAGAUGUCUUUGUAUGUGAACAUGGUUGGCUUGUGGGUAACUGUGAGUUUGGCUGUGUUUUCUGGCCUCACCAUGUACUCCAUUUACAAGCACUGUGACCCACUUACAAAUGGUGAUAUAAGCACCCCUGACCAGCUGCUGCCCUACCUUGUGAUGGAUAUUCUGGCCAUCUACCCUGGAAUCCCUGGCUUGUUUGUGGCUGCUGCAUACAGUGGGACCCUUAGCACGGUGUCUUCCAGCAUUAAUGCCCUGGUUGCUGUCACUGUGGAAGACUUUAUUCACCCUGUGUGCAAAAACCUCACAGACAAACAAGUGACCUGGAUGAACAUGGGCCUGAGUGUAUUCUUUGGUGCCCUGUGUAUUGGGAUGGCUGGAGUAGCUUCAGUUAUGGGAAGUGUUCUGCAGGCAGCUCUGUCCAUAUUUGGCAUGAUCAGCGGGCCUCUUCUCGGUCUUUACCUGUUAGGCAUGCUUUUUCGUACAUCAAAUUCAAUAGGAGGGUUACUGGGAAUGAUCAUCGGUCUAGUGUUGACUCUGUGGGUGGGGAUCGGAGCCCAGAUUUACCCACCAACAGAUGAGAAGACAAAUCCUCUUCCUCUCAGUAUUGCAGGCUGCAACAGCACAUUAAGCCAGAACUACACAACAAUAGCUCCUUGGACCAGUCCAGUGACUGUGAGGCCUGAUGUCAGACCACCUUUGGCAGACUCCUGGUAUUCUCUGUCCUAUCUCCACUUCUGUCUGUUGGGAACACUGACCACAAUGGUGUCUGGCCUGCUGGUGAGCAUGAUCACAGGCGGAUGCAAACAAGAGAAGCUGAACUCUGAUCUGUUUGUGAGGAAAAGAGACCUGAUCUGCUUCAGCUGCUUGAGUAAAUCAAAGGCAUCGGAUGUCACAGAAAAGGCUGCAACAGAGUUUAAUGUUGGAGCUGACAACUCAGCAUUCACAGAACUUGAUGUGAUGGGCAAGGAUGUUGAAAAUGCAACCAAACUGUAAAGCUGAUCAAGGCACCAUACUCAUGGAGACACUUUUUUAUAACCAUAUAAAUGACAACUAUUAUUACUUUACUGCUACGUUGAUGUUUUGCAUUUGUUUGCAUAUUUAUGUUGAUAUGUUAAUACAUAAUUACUUAGAAGGAGCUUGACAACUAGUGCUAAGGCUUGGAAAACCUAAAACUUAACUAGUAAAGAAUGUAAUUUAAAUUACAAAAAUCUGCCUAUUUAUGUUGCUACCUGACUGAAGUGCUUAAAUGGCAGAGAAAAAACAAAUCAAAAACAAUGGGGAAAAGAACAUUUAAAGUAAAACAUAUUCAGUGUCUUUUGUCCCACACAGAUUGCUCUGCUCCCAUUUCCUGUUCAGCAGUGAUGUGGCAAAACUGUUUUACUUUUACUGCCCUUUGUUCAGCUGAGCUCCCUGUCAGCGGCUGCUACCUCUAUAAUCUACCUGAACACUGGCCUUCUUCAUUUCAUGCUGACACAGGAAAACAGACAGGAGUAUUGUUGUUGCCUAUCUGUUUUGAGUAUUUGUUUAUAGGCUGUUUUUUUUCUCCCUUUUUUCACAAUUUGUUCACUCUUCAUAAAUCACCUGUUAAAUUAGUAACAAAUUCUCCUUGUUAAUAAAUAUUUUGUACAAAGUUCAA